ACAACAAAUACUUCUUCUUCUUUCUAGAGUAGAAAUGUGUACGACAAAAGUGUAUCUAGUCGAGCACCAAGUUGAAGUUCCUAGCGGUGGUCUCUACGACCAAUAUCGCAUGAACCCUGAUUUGGAAAAGAUCAAGCAGAUACCUGAAAUUACAUGCAAAGACUUUUCAUUCUUUCAAGAAAACCCAAAAAAGGAGGUCACCACUAAAAUUGGUCCGACAUGGUCUCCGAAUUAUUACUACAAAAUGAAAAGUGUUCAAUUUGUUAUGCUUGCUCCUAUAAAGGAAUGUAGAGCAAAAGUUGCUCAAAAAUUUGUGCCUUUAAGCCCGAUUUCAGAUUAUGGUCUUGUGGCUAUAACGUUUUACAGUUAUGACGUAUGCGAUAAAGAUUCGUACAACGAAGUUUCUGUUGCGGUAAUUUGUCGUCAACCAGGAAGCACAGGACCCCAUAUCCUUGAAAUAAUUCGCUCGAUUCUCUCUAAAUGGUUCUAUAGUUAUGUUAUCGCUCUUCCGGUAACGACGGAGAUUGCUCGUGUGAGAGGAAAGUUCGGAUACGAUUUACCAGAAUGGCUAAUGAAAAUUGAUCUGGAUAUUGGCAAUAAAGAAAUAACAUUAAUGGUCUCAGACAUGGACGGAAGAAACGACCUUUCUAUAAAGGCUCCUGCUCCUUCUAGGUCUAAACCAAUCCCUUAG